CCGCCUUAUCUCCGCAUCUCCAGCACAUGGUAGCGCUGGGUCUGGCUGCUCUGCAGUGGUGUCUGCCUUGGAGCCAGCGGUGUGACGAAGUCUACAGUCUCUGCUGCUCGCCAGAGACCUCCUGUGUCGAUACUGGUGUUGCUGGCUUCACGCCAGCCGCCUGGUAAAAAGCACUUGGCAAGCAAUGCCUUCAGCCCUACAAAGUCGCUCCUCAAGCUGGUCACGCCUCAGACGACACCAGACCCCCCGGGCAGCAGCAGCAGUUGCCGUCGUCUCCUCUUCCUCGACAGAAAAAUGUCCCUCUCGCACGCGGCCGCCGAGUACAUGCUCUCCGACGCUCUCCUCCCGGAUCCCGGUGGUUCCCAAGCCAAGGGCCUGCGGUUGGAGCUGCCGAGUGACCGCCUGCUGAAGUUCGUCACAGUGGGGCUGCCCCUCUUCCUCGUCUCACUGGCUUUCGCCCGGGAGUUCUCCACCGGCUCGCAGAUCAGCUGCUUCUCUCCCACCAACUUCACAGGGAAGCAGUCUGCCUAUGUCGACACAGCUUGCUGGGACUCCCUCGUCCACCAUGGCUUUGACACCGAGGGACACGCCGUCACCAAGUCCCUCUGGGCUCUCAAGGUCUUCCCCUACUCGCUGCUGGUGGUGGCGGUGCUCAUGUACAUGCCUUACCUGCUGUGGCGUUACGCGGCCGCCCCUGCCCUCCACUCCGACCUCCUCUUCAUCAUCGACGAGCUGGACAAAUCCUACAACCGCUCCGUGCGCCUGGUGCAGCACAUGAGGAAGGUCCAGCAGGCCAGCGCCGAGCUGGAGCGAUUCUGGGAGGAAUACGAGAGGGCGCGCCGGGAGAGGUACUUCGAGUUCCCAUUGCUGGAGCGCUACCUCACCUGCAAGCAGCACGCCCACUCCCUGGUGUUCAUCUACAUCCUGAGGAACCUGCUCCUGCUCUUCUUCUUGGCUGCCACCUGCCUCUACCUGGUCUUCCUCCACCUCAACAUCUUCUUCCAGGAUGAGUUCAGCUGCUCCAUCAAAACGGGGCUGCUCCAGGCGGAGCCCCACAUCCCCCCGCUCAUCCCCUGCAAGCUGGUCUUCUUCUCCGUCUUCCAGCUCAUCAGCCUCUCCAUCGGCGGCGUCUACAUCCUCCUCAUACCCGUUGUCAUCUACAACGCCCUGCAGCUCUGCCAGUGGGACAAGGGCCUGCUUGCCAUCUACGAGAUGCUGCCCGCCUUUGACCUUCUCAGCCGCAAGAUGCUCACCUGCCCCGUCAACGACCUCAACGUCAUCCUCCUCUUCCUCCGGGCCAACAUCUCAGAGCUGACCUCCUUCAGCCGCCUCAACGCCAUGAGCGCCUUGAGGGAAGCCACCGCCAACAAGCAGGACAUCGAUACCGUCGUCGACUUCAUGACGCUGCUGGCUGGGCUGGAGACCACCAAGCCCAAACACCAUGCUUGCGCCCCUGAGACCGACAGCAGCGUGCCCCUCUCCAACGGCGGGGUCCCAGAAACGAACCCUGGAGUGGAAGUGAUGGGAAAAGCCUCCCGGGACUCACUUGGCUCUGCCUGACCCCAAGAGCAGCCAGCAGGCAGUGUGGCUGGGAUCCAGUUUGAUCCAAUUCUUUGUUGCUAGCAUUGCUCGAGUGCAUUAAACUCUGGUUUUGAUAACA